UUCGCGAUUAUUUUCCUUGUCACAGUUUUUGCUUUUGUCUCGGGGACGUUGAUUUUUUUAUGUCUAGCUUGAAAAGGCAAUUAAAGGUAGAAACGGGCCGAAUAAAUUGUUAAUUUUUAUUCAACUAAUGUGAAAAAGAGAAUGCUUUAUCUGUGCCUGUGGGACUGAAGUUGAAAAUCUUUACAAAAGUGCGGAAAUCGAGAGUGACGUAGUGCAGAAAAAGUAACGAAAAGAUACCAAGUAAUAACUGGAAGCCAAUGUUGUUUUAGAGACUAAAUAUCAAGAAAUUUAGUGUAAAAUUGUUUAAAAUAAGUUAACAUAAUGAUUUUCGCAUAAGGGAGCAAGCGGAAAUUCUUGGAGGCAACAGGGCGGCCAGUGCAAGGCGCAGCCAGUAUGAGUUCCCGUAUAAAAGCGGAUGUGAAGAAACUAUUCGAAUUUUGGUGUGAAGUCGCGUUGGUGCGCAAUGCAGACAAACGGAAUACGCCUACAGGCGGCAGCCACACAUCAUCCCCACCUUGUGUUGUGGUCGAGAGCUUUCCGGAGGGAUAUCGCGAUGAGAAAACUAUGGCUGACAUACCAGCCUUUGCAUUUCCAUGCAAAAUCGAAAGUGAUUCCGUGCAAUCCUAUUCCUUUGUACUCACAACAGAUGACUCAAAGUGGCGUUUUGGUUUCUGUCGUCACGACCCGAAGACAGAUACCGCAAUGGUAAUAAUCACAUACUUACCAUGGCACGACACAUUUCUGCGAUUGUUGACGCUACUGGCCGAACUGCGGCGUGGUGAUGCCAACACAACAACGAAUGUCGACAAUUCCCACAAUGACUUUCGCACAUUUCUCGCCGAAGCGUACAACCGCGGUGUGCCUGAUCCGGGUGGACAUUUGAAAUUAUUCUAUAACGGCGGUCAAAAUUAUUUCGUGUUUGAGCGGCCGUUGCAAUUUCAGUUGCCCAGCAUACCCGAGAAUCACAAUUUAAAUUUGUAUUAUAAUUUUGUGGAUCCAAAGAAUAUGAUUGCAGUAUUUGCUGCGAUGCUGGCAGAGCGACGCAUCAUUUUCACAUCGCGACGCCUGGAUCGCUUGUCGUCGUGCAUACAAGCGGCGAAUGCGUUUCUCUAUCCCAUGGUGUGGCAACACAUCUUCAUACCAGUGCUGCCGAUGAAGCUGAAAGACUAUUUGAGUGCACCAAUGCCAUAUCUAAUUGGUGUGCCACAAACUGUGCUCGAAACGAUGACAACCGAUGAGCUCGGCGAAGUUGUGAUACUUAACUGUGAUACAAAAAUUUUCGAAAGCCCGUUCGAUGAUGUGGGCGAAAUGCCAGCCAAAAUUGUGUCACAAAUGAAGAAACAACUCAGUCAAUCGCAUGAGCAUAUCGGCGAUCGUGUUUCGAAAAUAUUUCUUGGCGUGUUGGUGCAACUGAUAAGCGGCUAUCGUGAUGCUGUGGAAUUCCGCGAAACAGGCAAAACAUUUAACCGUCAAAAAUUUAUCGAAUCUCGUCCCAAACAUUUGCAACCAUUUCUCGCAAAAAUGAUGGAUUUGCAAAUAUUUCAGCAAUUCAUUGAUGAACGCCUGCAAAUGCUCAACACUGGUCUGGGUUAUUCGGAUGAAUUUGAGCUAGAAACAGCACGUUAUGCGGAGAAAAUGAAGAAACGAACACACUACGAAUUUCUAAAUAAUGUUAAGGAGAAGACGAAUCCAGCCGUAAAGUCUGCUGUGAAAUCGGUAAAAGAGGGUUCACGUGGCGUCAAAAGCGCCUACAAAGAUUUCAAAUCAAAAUUACGCGACAUUACACCACCGAAUAGCUCGUCCACACACUUUCGUUCGCAUCUCACAUCGAAUUCACAACACGAUCGCAUUGACGGCAAUAGCAUCGGCAGUGGCAGCGCUUUAGGUGUGGGAUUCGGUUAUGGCAAAACUAAAUCUAUAGGCGGUCAUCAUUCAGCGCCUAGUUCGCCAAUUUUUAGCAAUAAACGUACAGCAGCCGGAAGUGGGGUUGGUGGCAGCAUUACAGGUGGCAAUACAUCAACGGCUGCCUGCUUUCAGUACGCCAGUCCGGAUGAUCUAAAUGGCUCCAAUCAGUAUAUACGACGUGCCCCGCCUUUGGCUACGUCUAGCUCAAGUGCGCACAUACAGCAGAACGGUUUUGCGGGCCUUACGCAUGGCACUACUCAUCUUGCUGCUCAUUUGGCUCCGUCUCCAACCAUUAGCCCGGCAAGCUCGCUCUGUUCGUCGGAGAUGAAUUUGUCACAGGAACUACAAAACCAUCCGCUAUUUAAGCCGCCACUAGUGGAUCGUAGCCUUAAACCCAGCAAUAGCUUAGACUCGAAUUACCAAACUCAUCCCCAGCAUCACUACAAUUGUCACCACCACCAUAAUCAAGCAAACGAUCAAUUUACGAGCAACAACCAUCAAUAUGAAUAUCAACGACAACAAACGCAAACGCAACAACAACAACAACAACAUUAUUACCACCAAAGGUUCAUAGCCACACGUACAGGUGGCCCACCACCAGCGCGCCCACCGCCACCAGCCGCACACCUACUACAAACAUUAUCCGUUGGUCCUACAAUGGGUUUAAGUUCAUCAUACGCUGUUACUGCACCAGUGUCAUACUAUAACCAUCCACAAGUGCGCCGCCAGCAAACGGCACUGGCAUUACACCCUCAGCCGCCGCCAGCAAAAGACGAAAACAGAGAUGAGUCAACUGUGGUAUCAAAAGUUUCAGCGGUGGCAAUGCCACAGACCGCGACGUGCACAUCAUCGACCCCCAACAAAAUUGUGACUACCAAAUCGAGUUACGACAAUCCACCUGAAAUGCAAUCGCCACCCAUACCGCCGAUACCACCGCGACGUCAAUGCACUGACGGUAAUAGUGGUUCUAAUUCGGACAGUUUUGUUGCUGUUGGUGGUGGUAGUAAUGCGAUCGCCAUGGCCGCUGCUGCCGUGUACGCGGGCAUACAACGUUUAGAGCAUAAUUGUUGGCAAGAUUACGCUGAGCGCAAUUCAAUGCAAAAUGAUGUGCUGCGCAAUUCAUCAUCGUCAAAUAAUUCGAAUGCCUCGGUGUCAUCAUCGUCAUUCGAUUCAAGUGGCGGUUCAUUUGUGUCUGCUGCAUCGUCAUCAUUCUUUCAUCAGGCGUGCUCGUGUGACAAUGACUCGGCAAAAACAAUAGCAGCCUCGGCAGAAACGACACCAGUGCCAGCGCCGCGACAGAAAAAAGAGUCUUUGCGCUCGCUUCAGCCACAUCAUCUGCCAGUGCCAGAAUUUUCGCUCAAGUCUACCGCACCGUCGUCAACAUCUUCGCAAGAAGACACCAUGAACGAUCUAAUAUCACUGGACGACAGCAAUAAUGCCAGCUUCGAUUUAGAAGAUUUCGAUCCACUGAAUCAGAAUGCACGACCACUACCAUUACGCAAUGGCAGCGGUGGUAAUGCGGCAGCUAGCAAUGCAAGAACGACGAAUGGCAUCAAAUCUACAACAUUGCCGGCCAAUACCAACAUUUUGAGCAACGCUUCCAGCAGUGUUAGCAAUCCGCUAUAUCCAUAUCACACACCACAACACUUACGAUCUCCACGUAUGCGCGCACAACCACAAACGCGCCCAUCAGCUGUUGCAUCGCAGUUGCAGGCGCCAUACAUGAAACCACCGCCGCUGCCAACCAGCAAGCCACCACCAAUGCCAGCGCCAGAUGAGGAUUUUGAAUUGUUGCGCAAAUAUGGACUCGAUCAAUUCACGUUAACCACAGCAUCCACAACGUUAACCACUGCAACAACGACGCCAGCAAAUGCAAGUAACAGUAAUGGCUUGACUGGUAGUGGUAUGCGUAAUUGGACGACAUUCGAUUGAGAAGGUAGCCUGUUGGGGGUGCGCUUACUCUUCUUUGCAUUUUGUUAUAUUUUCCACAGACGGGGAAGUGCGGGGCGAAGUUUGGUGGUGAUAUUUGGGCGACAAAUACAUAUCGCCACCUAAAUCUGAUAAGGUGCCAAGUCCAUUUUUCGAAAUUGUUCAGGAACAGGGCUGCAAAGCACUCCAAAAAAACCAUGCGGUUCGGUUCAGUGGUUUGAACCACUUAGAAAUGGCUUGUAUCGGUUCAAGAACUGGUUCAUAAGUAUUCCUGAACCGCAGUUCGGUUCUGCUGAAAUGGUUCAAUUUUUUUAUUGCUAAAGGAUACAAAAAUAAAAGGGCUUCGUUAUUGAGAUCAAAUUCAA